GCUGACAAACCACACCUCUAGAGGGAGUCGAUCCGGUCUUCGACUUUCGGAGCUGCGAAGAAGCCAGGACGGUUGCCGAGCAAGCAGCAUCACAGCCGUCUCGACAUGGCCGACAAGGACGAUGCUGCUGACAUCAAGAUUGUCAUGCUAGGAGGCGGUGGAGUGGGUAAGUCUGCCCUCACCCUUCAAUUCGUCAAGGGUGAAUUCUUGUCCACAUAUGACCCGACUAUUGAGGAGACAUAUCGCAAGACGAUGGAGGUAGACGGUCUCAAGUCAGUGAUAGAGAUCAUGGAUACUGCAGGGACGGAACAAUUCACGGCUCUCAAAGAGAUCUACAUGAAAGCUGGCAAUGCCUUCAUCUUGGUAUUUUCGCUCACACAUCUGGGGAGCGUCAAUGAGCUCGGAGAAUUGAGAGAGCAAAUCCUCCGAUUGAAGGGCCGCAAAGUUCCCCUCAUCCUUGUAGGCAACAAGUCCGACCUGAAAGCCGACCGACAAUGUCCCCAAGAAGUCGGCGCAAACCUCUCGCGGCUGUGGGGCAAAAUCCCUUACUACGAAGCCUCGGCGAGAAAGGGCACGAAUGUGGAUGAGAUCUUUGAGGAUGCGGUUCGACAGUGCAGAGCCAUGGAGACUAGUACGCAACUGGAUAAGAAGAAGAGGAAGGAGGGGCUGGCCGAGAUUAGAGGGAAAGGGAGGAUGGGACUGGAUAGUAAGAAGUGCGUCGUCAUGUGAGGGCGACUUACUAGGGGAGAGCCGGGAAAACCAGCUCUGUCCACGAAGAGAGACUGGAUGAGAAGUGUCUACGAAGAGGCAAGCACUGCACUCUCCAACCUAGCACCAGGCGGCCGUCUUCUGGACGGGACAACUUGACGACAAGAUCA